AAACAUCGAAUUCGAUAAACCUCGUAGGGAAAUAUAUCUCCUGCUUCAAUCGGAGAACUGUAACCAUGGUCGGAACUCUUCUGGGGUUACCUGGGCAAUGGGCAGAAGAGGAGCUUGAGUCUUCUGAUCACUACACAACAAAAAUCGGCGGUCUUCCGGAUUGGCCGCCAAUUCCAGAUGAUGCACUGAGACCAGAAUUACUCAAUUGCUGUUCUUGUGGAAGCAAACUUUCUCUCGUAGCUCAGGUGUAUGCCCCAGUCUCAACUGAAACUUCAGACAUCCAAGAGCGCACGCUCUAUAUAUUUGGUUGCUUGAUGCCUAAAUGUGGAACAUCUGAGCAAAGCUGGAGAGCUUUUAGCGUUCAUAAAGCUAUAAAAGAGAAGGAAGUCAGUGAAAUAGCUGAUUUGCCUGUCGCCUCGCCACUAGAUUCAGCUUCUAAAACUCAUUGGUUAGAUGAUGAUGAUGAUGAAGAUUUUGAUUUCGAGAAUUUAGCUAAGGCGAUUGCGGAGGCUUCUACUACUGUUGCCUCCAAUUCGAAGAAACAGAAGAGUUCAGGGACUAAAGCUAAGCCUUCACCUUCAAAAUCUGAAACAAGAGUUGCGGAUCAAAUUAAUGUUGAGACUGGUCCUGUGGUUCCAUGCUUUUACAUUUAUACAAAAGAAGAGAUGCCCUCAAAAGAAGUUGAUCGUUUCUCGAAGAAUUAUUCUUCUCUGUCUAUGAAGGAUAGAGAAAACGGCAACAAUGAUGAGGGUGAAUCUGAAGAAGUGUGGGAGGAUGAGAAAUAUGAAUAUGACAAAGCCCUCAAUGCUGAUAGGACUUACCUUAAGUUCAAAAAACGGCUAGAUGCAAACCCGGAACAAUGUUUUAGGUACUCGUAUGGCGGUAAGCCGAUAUUGGCCACCGAAGACUUGAAAUCUCCCGAUAACUGCAGGAACUGCGACUGUCCAAGGCACUUUGAGAUGCAACUUAUGCCUCCACUAAUAUUUUUUUUACAUGAAGGUGUUGUUGAUAAAGGGCUUAAGCAAUCAUUGGAUAAUUGGGAUUGGAUGACACUUAUUGUCUACACUUGUUCCAAGUUAUUUGUAGAACUGUGCAAACGCUGUGAAUGGUGAGUGGGUUGUUGCAGAGGCGUGCUUAGCAGUACAGUAUGAGAAACCGAUGAAUCUCGAUCAUGCUAGCUUCUUCAAAUGAAACUUUUUCCCUGCCGAAUCCUUUGGUUGGUUGAGAAGAUUUAUCUGAAGUGAUUAUAGCUAAGAAUCGGGGAAAAUAUUUGAUUUUGAUCAAGAAGUCAAAUGCGCCAUGGGAAUAUCUUCUUCAGUUGUUUCAGGAUAGAGGUUCCCAAGAAGAGGGAGCUGCUUUAAGACACUUUUUUUUUUUUGGGGUCUAUCUAAUAUGCGAGACAAAGGCUAAAUUCUUUUUUCUUUUUGUAAAAUGAUAUUAAAUUUUUAAGACAGAUGCUUAAUGCUUUCAUUGGAUUAGUUUCGAUUUA